GGGAGUUUUGAAAUUGUUAGUUCGUAGCUGUUCAACACUCACCAACAAAGCACUUUAUUGCAAUUUGGUUAUAUUAGUUAGCUUGCCUAUUACUGGGAGUCUAAAAAGUGCAAUCAUAUAACGCAUGUUAUGGGACUAUGAACUGUUGAUUUUUUAUGAUGUUUGGAAGGAAAGAAAAGAUUGUUGAUGUUGACCAAAGGUUAUCUCUUCAAGCUGCUGUGAUAAUUCAGUGUUGGUACAGAAAGUGCAAAGCGAGGUUGGAAGUUCGUCGUAAGUGUGCGUGGCAAGUAAACCAGUCGUUAGAAUAUGUAACGGAUGAAAGUGAUUCUGAAGGGUUACAGCUCAUAUUAUCUAGCUUUGGUAAUGGAGAUGCAUCCAAAAAGUUUUUGUGUAAUAAGGAACCUUCAUUUACAAGCGAUUUUAAUCCGGACCCUAAUCACAUACACUUUCCAAUACCUGAAGAAAUGUUUCUAUCCUUUCUUAAUUGGAUACAGUCAGAUAAGAUAAUUCCCACCAACUUCUUCACUUUGAUACUGAACAAAGCUACAGAAUUUUUUAGCCAACAACCAAAUCUAACAGAAAUUCAACUUGAGGAUGAACAUCAUUUGAUUAUCUGUGGUGAUCUCCAUGGCAAUUUGAUUGCAGCUUUAAGAGUUUUUGAAGAAACUGGUUUACCGAACUCUCGGAAUCGUUUUGUAUUCAAUGGAGAUUUUGUCGAUCGAGGAACUAAAUCAGUCGAAGUGUUAAGUUUAUUGUUAAUGGCUGUAUUAACUUACCCAACCUAUGUAUUUCUUAAUCGGGGAAAUCACGAAGAUAUCAUGGUGAAUGAAAGGUAUGGAUUUGUAAAAGAACUAUCAAAUAAAUAUUCUAAGGAUAGAAAUAAUUUAAUUCACUUAUGUGACAAAUUGUUCUGCUCUCUACCAAUUGGAGCUAUCGUCAAUGAAAGAAUAUUUAUCUGCCAUGGUGGUAUAUCAAAACAUACAGAUCUUAUGAAAUUAAAGCUUCUAAAUAGAUUUAAACUUUCCUCACUUCUACAACCAUGUUUGGAUGGGGAUAACUGUGUAAAUUUUAAUGAUUGGCAACAGGUUUUAGAUUUGUUAUGGAGUGAUCCUCAAGAUAAAGAUGGAUGUAGACCCAACGGUUUCCGUGGUGCAGGUUGUUAUUUCGGUCCCGAUAUUACUGAUAGUUUCUUAGGUACAACGGGUUUCUCUAUGAUUAUUCGAUCCCAUGAAUGCCAUAUGGAGGGAUGGCAUAUUUCCCACUCAGGAAAAGUUUUAACUAUAUUUUCAUCAUUCGAUUAUUUCACACUACGCAGUAAUGAGGGUGCUUAUGCUUGUGUUACUGGUGGGAAGUCCAAUCAAAUCACCAACCCAAACGCUAUUGUUUCUCUGUAUCCGAUAAAAUGUGUACCAAAAAAUACUUUUUCAGCAUCGCUUAACAUCUAUGUGAAUGUAUUUGUUCUUAUGCGAAUACAUGAUCAAUUAUUAGAUAAUGACAGGACAUUAAAUGAUCCUGUUAAUAUGGCAUUUGUGUGUUUAUGGCAACGGAUAAUUCAUCGUAAAGAAAAGCUCCUGGGAUGUUUCAGUCAACAAGACAUUUAUAACUCAGGUAUCGUCUCACUUACUGAUUGGUGUGAUAUAAUGGCUUCCGUAACACGUUUAAAGCUUUCUUGGCGUUGUCUACGUUCUUUUUUGGCCAACUUAUCUAUUGAUCAUACAGACCAAGUUACUUACAAUUCUAUGUUCACAGGAAACUGUGUGAUACACCCAGACCUUCCAAAUGAAAAUUCAUUGGCAAACGAAAUUUUUGAAUUGCAACCUCAUCUUUUGACUGUUGUUCAAGCUUGUCACUUUAAGCUAAAUAGCGUCAAUUUGUACAGUUUAGUGGCUAAAUUAGAAUCAGCUGAUCACAAUGUACAAAUUGCUAGAUUAAAAAUUGUUGUAUCAAAACUGAUAAAAUUACUAAACAAGAGUGAUGUAAUAUCUUUUAACUUGGAUAAAUUCUUGGCUUCUUUUCAUUUCGUGGAAAUUCAGAAACGUGUUAAAGUUUAACUAACACAACUGAAUCUUCCAUGGUUGAUGAGUCUCAUAUAUAUAUUAUUGAGCAGUAGCCAGAAUAAUUAUUCCCAUUCGGACCGUUUUUAUUCCAUGUUACCUAUUUAUCUAUUUUAUAAGAUUUGUAUUUAUUUGUUUGUAGCUUGUCUACUCUUAUUUUUUCAAUAAAAUAAUUCGAAAGUCCAUUUAGAAUGGACAUUUGUUUUAAGGGAAACUCUGAAAAACUUACUCCUUUACAUUAAUUUCUUCUAAAAAUAUGUUGUGAAUUUAUGUUAGAUUUUUGAUACGAUCUAGACAUUAUGUUUAUAGUUAUCUAAUUGUUAUGAAUUCAAUAUUUGGGGACCAUGAAUUAUAUUACAUGUUAUCCAUAUUCGUUUAGUUCUUAUUCUUCUCCAGAUUUUGGAAAUAUUAUUAAUUUAAAAAUAACCAUUGAACAGUAAAAUGUUAUUCUGUGUCUUUUGGUCUUCGUAUUUUAAAUGUUAGUUUUUAUUUGUAAAUCGGUCAUUUUAAAUAGAAGUACAUUU